GGCAUACUUGCAUUCCAACCCGUUUUAGUAAAGCAGGUAUAUUUGUUUACAUUUCAAAAUAGAGAAAAACUAUACUUGUUCACCUUUGUUUGAUAUGUUCGUUCAUUAUUUAUACAAACUAAAACUAUCCAACAUAUAAUUAGCCUGUAUUAAUAUAAAGGGAACCUUUGACACAGGUAAAAGUAAUCAGGAAGAUAUGUGCAUAAAUCAUACUAUGUAUGACGGACAUUUCCAUGUUCUAUAUUCAAAUUGCCUUCAAUUACUACAUGUCAAGAGUAUAUAGUCAAAAUGUUGUUAUGCAUACAAAGCAAUGCCAAGAUUCAUCAACUAUGAACUAGUCAAGAAAUGCUCCAUCCAACUACUAAGCAAAAGGCAACUAUAUUGUUUCUUCUCCAAGUCCAUUAGCAGCACUACCAAACCCCAUCAAGAAGAUGACUUUAAUUCAAGAAUCAUUUUUAUUUCCAAUCAGGCACAAGCUGGCCUUAGUUCUGAAAUUGCCCUGUUCAAGGACUUUCAAAUGUUGAAUUCUGGUUCCAAGCCUAAUGCUUAUUCUCUGGUUCAGUUGACCCGUGCAUGUACCAAUCUGGGUUGGUUUUCACCUGGUGAACAACUUCACUGUUGCAUUCUAAAAUCUGGGUAUGACACCAAUGUCUUUGUUACUACAGCUUUGGUCAAUUUGUAUGUCAAGUCUCAGCUUUUGAAUAAGGCUCACCAGUUGUUUGAGGAAAUGACUGAACCGAAUGUGGUUUCUUGGAAUACGUUGAUUUCUGGGUAUGUCCGUUCUGGGCAGUUUACUGCUGCUCUCAACUUGUUUAUGCAGCUCGAAAGAUCGGAACUUUGUCCUGAUUCGUACUCUUUUACAGCUGCUUUAUCAGCAUGUGGACCACUUGGUUUACUACUAGUUGGAAGGUUAAUACAUGCUAAGAUUGUGAAAUUUGGCGUUGAGUGCAGUAUAGUUGUCUCGAAUUCUUUAAUUGACAUGUAUGGAAAAUGUAGCUCUACUGAAGAAUCAACCAGGGUGUUCAAUAGUAUGAUAGAGAAGGACACUAUUUCGUGGAAUGCAGUCAUAGCAGCAAAUGCAAGAAACAACAGGCUUGAGCAGGCAUUUGAUUUCUUGCAUCAAAUGCCUGAACCUGAUACCGUUUCAUACAAUGAGGUAAUUAGUGGCAUGGCACAGUUUGGUAACAUACAAGAUGCUUUUGAUAUGUUAUCAAGAAUGCCAACCCCAAAUUCAUCUUCAUGGAAUUCGAUAAUCACAGGAUAUGUCAACCGAGGCAGAGCAAAGGAAGCUCUGCAUUUUUUUCAAAACAUGCAUCUUAGUAAUGUUCUUAUGGAUCAAUUCACAUUUUCAAGUAUAUUAAGUGGCACUGCCAACAUAGCAGCUAUAACAUGGGGAAGGUUGAUACAUUGUUGCACAAUUAAGUAUGGCGAGAAUGAGACUGUUGUUGUUGGAACUGCUCUCAUUGACAUGUAUUCUAAAUGUGGGCAAAUGAAAGAAGCUGAAAUUCUGUUUGAAUCUCUCCCUGAGAAGAAUCUGAUAACGUGGAACACGAUUAUAUCUGGACAUGCUCAUAAUGGUGAUUCAGAUGAAGUGAUCCGGCUAUUUGAGCAGUUGAAGUUGGUGAAAGAUUUACAACCAGAUUGUAUUACAUUCGUGAAUGUCUUGGCUGCAUGUUGGCAUAACAAAAUGUCAUUGCGGGCUGCAAAUAAGUAUUUUGAGUUGAUGGUUAAGGAGUAUGAGAUAUGUCCCAUGCCGGAACACUGUUCUUCAAUGAUUAAGCUCAUGGGACAAGAAGGGGAUGUGAGUAAGGCCGAGAAAAUGAUUUAUGAACUUGGAUUUGAAAAUUGUGGAUUAGUUUGGAAGGCACUAUUAGGUGCUUCUGUCACUUGUCGGGAUAUAAAAAUAGCAGAAGUUGCAGCUGCGAAGGUGAUAGAAUUGGAAGGUGAUAACGAGUUUGUCUAUGUACUAAUGUCUAAUAUGUAUGCAUUGCAUAGGAAGUGGAUCGAUGUUGGUGGCACGAGGGAGCAGAUGAAAGAGAGAAAAGUGAGAAAAGAAGCUGGUUGGAGUUGGAUCGAAGUGGAAAACUCAACUAUAAAUUCAUCCAUGGUGUGAUGAAAAGACGAUGAUAAUGAUGCCCCGUACUCCAAAUGGGGAUCAUGGAACUAUCGCUCGAAAAGUAAGUAAGCUGGUCCUUGUUUGGUCACCAAUUGAAACACUUGAUGACCUAACUACAAAGGCCAAAAAGAAAAUGACCUACAACCUUACCUCAAUGGACAAUAGGAUGUAGGUAGAUUGUUUAAACAAUGAAGAUGAAAAUGAAAAUGUUGGACUGCUAAAUUGAGGCCGGCUGUAUGCCAACUUCAUUGUCGCGUUUAUAAAUCAACACAUACAACCGAAGCACUAACCUACUGAGGAGAAAAGAGUGAAUAUUCGCUCUGUCCAUUAUUGCUACUUGGUUAUCAAGUGGAAGUUUUCGGAAACAGCCUCUCCCUCCGGUGUAGGGGUAAGGCUGCGUACAUACUACUCUCCCCAGACCCCACUUGUGGGAGUACACUGGGUUGUUGUUGUUGUUGUUGGUUGACAAGCGGAAGUGCUACGACUAUACUGGGAAAUGUUAAGCUUAUGUUGCCAUGAUUUGGUUUAGAAGAUGAGAUGCCUGAUCUAAUCAUGCUUGAGGACAACGGAAAGUACUUUUUUAUUAUGUUGGGAAGGUAUCUGUAUAAUGCAAAUAGCCUCUUUUUCUAACUACUAGUAUACGUACCCGCGCGAUGCGCGGAUCGAUUAAAAGAAAAAAAGCAAACGCUGCAACUAAUGCUGCAAGAAUAGUACUUGUUUGCAAGAAAUACUCUGCAAAUUGUAAAAGCAAAAAACGUGGUUAAAUGACAAAUAAUAUAAGACUGCAAUUUGCAAUCCACUCUAGAACAUAAGAUUUACAUCACCUUCAUCUAUCUGAAAUACUAAAACAUGAAGCAAAUGAACUUCUU